AUGAAGGCAUCGCAUACGCAGGCCCGACGACUUGUGCUACUGGCUUCACUUGCAUACGGCAGGCCGACUUGCAUCCCGGCAAGCCCUGUCACCACCACGACCACGACGAAGCCCGCUACCACCACUCGGCCUUCGACAACCAUAACUUCCACGCGUUCUGCGCAGUCUUCUCUCUGCACUCUCUACGCAUAUGCCUCUGUGAACGGCUAUGACCUACUUAACAACCUCUGGGGUCAGGACGACGCGGACUCGGGCUCUCAGUGCACCUACUACUACGGUCCUGCGUCUAGCGGCGGCCUCUCCUGGGGUACGACCUGGACGUGGAAAGGAGCACCCAACAACGUCAAGAGCUAUGCUUACGCAAACCGUCAAUUCACUCGUCGUCUCCUUAACAGCAUAAAGGGGCUUCCGACCACAGCUCAGUGGAGCUACAGCAAGGCCGACAUACGGGCGAACGUGGCUUACGAUUUCUUCACACACCCAGACCCCAAUCAUCCCAACUAUAACGGGGAAUACGAAGUGAUGAUAUGGCUGAAUAAAUACGGAGAUAUCUGGCCCAUCACAGAGAGCCCUUCAGGCACGCCCAUCGCGCAGGUUCAGCUAGCCGGUUACACCUGGGAUCUGUACUUUGGAUACAACGAAGCAAUGAAAGUGUUCAGCUUCUUGUCGGCCUCGGGACCUAUCUAUAACUUCAGCGCUGACGCCAUGGUCUUCUUCAAUCACUUGGCCAGCAAUUACGCCUUUCCUCUGAGUAACCAGUAUCUCCUGAUCGACCAGUUUGGAACAGAGGCUUUCACCGGCCAAGACGCAACUUUCUACGUAUCAAGGUUCCAGGCCGAGGUCAUUGCAUGA